UAACAAUAGUCUGCCUUAUAUUCUGCCAACCAGGAGCUGCCCCGCUGUGCGUCGAAUAAGAAAAUUCCUUCACCUGAGAUACAAUCGCUGGAGAAAACAUUCAGCGUGAGAGAGAACUUUUUAGUCUUUCUAGGGACAAUGAAAGAGGACUACCUAGAGUGAAUUUGUAGUUGAUGUUGAGUACGUUUGAAGGAACAGAAGUUUGUGGUGAACAAAAAAAAAAUUGUACGAUAUAUAUGUGUCAGUGCAAAUAUUUCUAAUUGCGUGCUAAGCGCAGAUUUUUUCCAAAGUUAUUCAAAAUUAAUAACGUACUAAUGAAUCAUCUUGUCAUCUACAACGUUGUGACGGGAUAUUCUUGAAUGCUGCUCUAGUUUCCACAUAGAAAAUAAUGUUUGAAACUGGUCGACGAUCUGCAACAAGUACGUCUGAGCUAGGGCUCUAUUCUGAUCGAAGUGAUCAUUACCAUAGAAAUCGCUACGGUAUUGGUGUCCGAAAGUACGUCAUCGGUAUAAUGGUGGUCCUAGCCAUCAUUCUGGUCUCAUUCCUCUUGUACGACUUCACAUCAGGAGCAACGGUGCCCAACCAGGGAGCUAAGGAGACGAAACAUAUUUACAUACUGCAAAAUGCUCUGAAAAAGCCUGUAACUCCAUACAGGAAAACCACUACCACCGUUAGUACACCUGUUUACAAUGGCAGCAAGACGGAAUUAUCGAAGAUGGAAGAUCGGUCAGAUCUUAAUUACGAGCGCGAAGAUAUUACGGGUGAUUCCGAAGAACUUGAAGAUCAGAUCGCCUCUGAAACACGUUCCAUAGCAUUCACAAAACCAGAUCCAGAAUUUCGAAGUCAAAACUUGAAUAAUUUCAAUCUAAGGCAGAAACUAUUAUCGAUGGAUCAAGAUGAAAGUGAGGAGAAAGUCCGAGAGAAACAAUUGUUCGACAAUCACGCGAUGCUUUAUCUACUGAGACGAAGAUACAAACAUCCGGCUUCUGACGAAGAUGCCAGCUUCGAAGAAUCGCGACCGUUGCCGUUUCACUUCGAGUACAAAACUCCGAUUCCAGCCUCGUUCAAACGGUCCAAAUACCCACAGCUCUCGCAGUAUCGAUAUCCUCACAACUCGAACAACAUCCAGGACAUCAUAAAGUACCUGACCAAAGACAACGAGAAACCGAGUCGAGGAAUCAAAUUUUCAGGGGUCUACGUCAAUCCGAAAAAGUUGGAAUUCUAUCCUGAGGUUGGCGAAAUGAUGGCAAACAGCGAUAAAUCUGAGGAGGAAAAUCCGUUUCCGUUUGCCCACGGCUUUAGUUCGGAUCCAUUUUAUCAGUACAAACCGAAAAACCCAUCUGACGUGAAUCUCUUGGCCACACCCAACGUCAGAUUUCCACCGUCGGGUUUCCACAGACACGGCUCGAGCUACUACGACCAAUACUACCCGAGACUGCCGAUGAACAUUAAUGCCCAAUCGUCCUCUUCUUCUGAGUCCCAGUACGAUAAUUACGGCUCGCGGUCAACUGUAGCCUUUGGCAAAAAACGAAAGGCACAGCCGUUCAGCGUAAUGCUCGACAUUUAUCCCAUCCCGGAUGCUACUGAUCCUAGCCGUAAGUCGGCGAGGCCAAGGUCUGGACCAAAUUACAACCAUCAAAAUCAGGCUUCACACGAAGAGUACGACACCAGGCGACCUCUUCCGCAUAACAAGGGAUUGACGUAUUCUCACUUCAUACCACCCCCGCAGCCAAUUUCCUUGGUCGCAGUUCCUGGUUCGCAAGGCCCUCAGGAUGACGAGGAGCGCCAGCAGAUGAUAUUGCAUUUGAAUCUGUAUCCUAAGAGGCGUACCAAAAUAAACAGGAAUCACAUAAUCCCAAGAUCUCAACGGACGGAUCAAAGGAGCGAGGAUCCCGGAGAGGAAAGCGUACCGCCGCCGUUUGACAUCAUUGCGAAACAUUUGACCGAUCACUCGGCAAUUCAAGCAUCGAAAUUUGAGGAGACUCAGCUUUCUGACAACGCGGAUGCUUCUUCGAUAAUCAAUCGAUACGAAGAAAGCGUUUUAGCCACUGGGAAAAAAGAAGAAGAAGCGCGUAUUUCAUUUCACCGAGAAAGAGGUGAGAAAACACCUGAAAAUACGGGAUCGAUUCCUGCCAAUCAUAGACCGGACUUCGCGGUUGAGAGUAUUGGUGAAAAAUUCUUAAACAUGUCGAGCGAAGACCUCGAGAAGACAUCGAAGGAAACAUGUGAAAACUGCAAGAAUUUAGAGCCUACUGACGAUGACUCAAAAGUUGGUGAAAUUAAAGACAUUGUAAUAUCCAAGGACAUUGAUACUCCGGAGGGAUUUCAAAAUUUUGCAGAUGGCCUCUUAGCCACGGAUUGAUCCCCAAUAUUGUGAAAUCAGUAAAACCCGACGAAUCUAUUACACUAAAUUACUUCACUUAAUUGUAUUAAUACUAUUUUAUUUCCAUGUUAUAAUAUUAUUCUAUUCCAACUUUAUUUAUCAUGUUUAGCAAAGUUAAUUAUUAGGAGAUAUUUUUUGCUUUGUACUUAGUUAUUCUGCUUAUUUUUAUUGAAAAAUUGCGACAUUCAUUAAAGCUGCUUACUUGAGUCACGUAGGCCUUUGGGUGUAUUAAAUUUUUAUAUUUCACCUUGACAUUUUCACGAAUGGCGUACAAAUUUUAGAAGAGAUCUUUUCGCUUAAAUUAAAGAUUUGUUGAACGUAGCAAAGAUUACUUAACUUUUGAACUUCAGAGGAUAUCAAAUUCGAAAAAUCUCAUGAUGUUCGAGAUACGCUGUAAGAUACAUUCGAGAAUUUGUUUAUUGAAAUAUUUUUGAUGCACCCUCAAUUGUUGAAUAUCCUGAGGUACUAUCAGGUUGGGAAAGUGGAGUGUGUUGAA